UAAAAGCACACUUGUGGCUGGUUGGUCGAUUUGGAAGCCUGCUCCUGCCGAGGUCGAUUUGUCAAUUCAGUUUGAUUGGUUAAUUUGACAACCAGCUUCGCGAAAAUCGGCCGAACACGGGCUGUCACCACCCCGGCUCGGGCCCGGGCUGACAGAUGUCAUCCCUCCCUGAUGCUGCCAUCUCAACUUCUUUAACUUUAUUUUUGACAAUCAGUAUUGGACGUGCCAAUUUUCGUCGCCAAAGCACCCACCCACCCAUUCACCAUUCCUCACUUUGUGUUCGCUCUCUUACUCCGCUGAGCCCAAUUGGAGGUGAGUCGUGAUUGGCCAUACCUGCUCUACCACAUGCGAGCGAAGGACAAGAGUCAAAUAUGUUCGACACCCCGGAAUCCAGAUGGCGGGCGCUCCAGACUCGCAAUCGCCUCGCAGCUUCGGCCUUCCUGUACGGUGUCACGACCACUCGCAUCUAUUGCCGCCCGGCAUGCCCCUCACGCCUCGCCAGGCAGGCCAACAUCGUCUUCUUCGACUCGGCAACCGAGGCCGAGUCCGCCGGGUUCCGACCUUGCCGGCGCUGCAAGCCCUCGAAGAGCGACUUUGAGCCCAAGACGGUGCAGCAUGAAAAGGCCGUCCGCAAGGCUUGCAACCUGAUCGACGCUGCCGGAGGGAGGCUUACCCUGGACAAUCUGGCCAGCAGCGUCGGCCUGUCGCCCAGAUAUUUUCACGGCAUAUUCAAAAACGCCAUGGGCGUCACUCCGAGCGUCUACGCUAUGAGGGUCAGGAAGGGAAAGACGGUCCGCACGUUGCAGAGUGGCGACAAGCCUGAGGAGGCAUGCACGGUCAAUAGGGCGCUAUCAUCAGGUACCGGUCACGGUAGGAACGGAGGGGAAACUCGGGAAAGUGUGCUAUCAGGUGGGAUUAGCCCCAGUGGCUGGCCACAGAAUGUUGCUGACUUGGGAUUUACAAAGAAAAUAUGUUUCGAUCGACGUUGAUGGAGAUGCCGCCGAACCAGAUACCAGCUGAUCCAGGAGUCCAUGCGCUCGGCUGUACUAGCUUUGAGUGUUUAUUUUCCAAAGACAUCGACGGCUGUUUCCCGGGGUCAGAACUUCUCACGAGUCAGGAUGUCCUCGAGGACGACCCUGACAGCUUGGACGACAACGGGCUUAUGCUUUAUUUAUUCGAGCAUGGAGUACCUCAUGACACGGGGAUUACGACUGACCACGGCAUACCUUAUUCUCCCCAGCUUCCUGGCACCCUCUCAUCCCGUUGUGAUCUGGCUAGCAAGUACUCUUGAGACCUGGCUCUCUGAAAGCACUGCUAAGGAAGUUAAAAGGGGUUUAGCCUAUAACAUGUAGGUCGGCAUAUCAGCAGGGCUGAUACGGAGGGGGUAUGCAUGUGGGAA